AUGUCUACAGGUUCACCUGGAAGUGAAACUGAGGAGUUCAGAUCACGGAACAGACGGAUAGCCACUGUCCCAGAAAGAAGCAAGAGAAAAGGCACCUGCUACAACAGGUGCUCCAGUCACCACCGGGAGGAUGUCAGGGAGGAGCACACAGCACCCAAGGCUUACAAGGACUCACAACAGACGCAGAGAAAUGCAGCUAACGCCAGAGAAAGAGCACGGAUGAGGGUGCUAAGCAAAGCCUUCUCCAGGCUCAAGACCACCCUGCCCUGGGUUCCUGCGGACACCAAACUGUCCAAACUGGACACCCUGCGCUUGGCCUCCAGCUAUAUCUGCCACCUCCGCCAGCUGCUGCAGGAGGAGCGCCUGGACAGCUUCUCUCAUCCGCUCACACUGGUAUGGACGACACAUAGGAAGGAACUGGAGGUCCAAAGCCAACAUCAGGGGUUCAGGGAGGCUGCCUUUGUAGCUGCCCCUGGACCGUUCACUCGGAGUCUAACAGUCGGCACGAGUCCAGCCGGCCGCUUUGAGCUCUCCAAUCCCACUCAGUCUGUGUUUGUUAUUCAACCAGUCACUCAAUACCACUAA